CUGAAGUAUUGAAAUUUAGUGACCCAUUUAUCUUUGCAGACGACCUAAAAUUACUAGCAGUGAAUGUAGACACAAAGGACAUCCAGCAGGACCUAAAAACGUUGGAAACUGGGUAGACAAAAACAAGAUGAGUCUGCCACUGGACAAAUGUUUUAAAGUCGAAUUUAGAGGAAAUCAACACGAAUUUAUUCUUUGUGAAACAGCAGUGGAAAGCUCGAAUGUGAUAAAGGAUCUAGGAAUACAUGUGUCCAAACAUUUAACAUGGACAACCCAUAAAGACUCAAGAAUGUCGAAAGCGAAUAAAACGUUCUAUUGCAUCCGCAGAAACUAAGAAUUCAAAGUCAAAAUGCGCAUAAAACUUGGUCUGUACAAAUCCUUAAUACUUCCUGUUCUAACGUAUGGUCUAAUUAUUUGCAAUAUCUCAAGAAGCGACCCAGGGAAAUUGGAAAGAUUCCAAAAGAAAGUCUUAAAAUGGAUCACGGGAAACGAUUCUGAAUAUACAGAGCAGCUGAGAUUGUUAAACAUCCUGCCUCUGGCGUUGUUUCUCCAGCUGAACGAGUGACUGAUGAUGGCGAAAUUCAUGCAUGAAGAAAACGAUCACAUUCAGCUCCCGGCAAAAAUCGAAAAUCCAGGAAGAACGAAAGAAAUUUUCAACCUAAACAAGACCAGAACUGAAAAAGCUAGAGGAGAGUUUACAUUCAGGACGUGCCGUCUAAUAAACCGACUAAAUCAGAAAAUUGAAUUUCGAGAAAUGCGAGGCUUAAAGCGAAGAUUGAUACAGAUGAUGUGGAAGUUUUUCGACGAUCAAUUCUCAGAACAAAACAAGUGCACAUGGGUCCUCUUCUGUGACUGCAACAUGUGCCGAAAUAACUGGACAAAAUUUUGAGAACUUUGGGGAUAUCAUCCCAUCAGUAUCCUACUGAAAAUUCACAACAAGAACAACAACAAUUUCCAGAAAUUGUGAUGUUUGGAUUGGAUUGAAAAAUAAUUCUUGAUCCAUCUUGCUAUUUUAAUUCCUUGCGUUCCGAUAUAAUAAAUAAGGCGCGUAAUGAGUCAAUUUUUGAUCUUGCAACUUUUCCAACUGUUUAAUGGCUACGUUUCUGUGGAUGUGGUUUUCAGUACUAGGCACUUUACACAUUUUAGACGAGAAGUUUGAAUUGAAGAUGAAGUUGAUAACUUUAACAACAGCCGCAUGUGUGUCUCAAAUCGGAUAUGUUUUCUACAAAUACAAAAUUAGACAUACUGCCCAAACUCGUUCCUGGUUCAAUUGGAGUAACGAUAAAUCCAGCCUUUCAAAUUCAAAAGUAUUGAUGUUGAAGCGUAAAAGUGUCUUAGCACAAGAAUACUCAAUUGAAAUGUAUCAGUAUGCAACCUGUCCAUUUUGCAACAAAGUUCGAGUGUAUUUAGACUAUUAUGGAAUUCCUUAUCGGUCCAUUGAAGUGCGCCCUGUUCCAAAACCUGAGAUGAAAUGGUUGAAAGACAAGAAGAAAAAAGUCCCGACGCUGAAAAUAACAAACUUGAGGAGUGCAUCUGAAACAAUGGUUUUGCAAGAGUCUUCCCAAAUUGUCAGUUUAAUCCACUCCUUUUUAAACGACAACACCAACUCGGAGACGUUUCGAGCACUCGCCGAGCACUUUGAGAACAUCACGAGCAACUCCGACGACAAGGCUGCAAAGUAUACUAUCAAGAAUUACGGAUUGGACGAUCAAGACGGUUUCAAACGGAGGGAGCUAGAAUGGCGCAGGUGGGCGGAUGAUACUCUGGUGCAUGUGGUGGCUCCCAACAUCUACCGCUCCCUCCCAGAGGCUCUCCACUCCUUCUCGGUGAUCACGAGGAAGGGCAACUACGGCCACGAUGCCACCUGGGCGCCCCUCUACUCCUUCAUGGCCACCUGGAUCGGUGCCUCUCUCAUGCGAUUUGUCAUCGCACCCAGACUCAAGAAAAAAAAUGGUCUGAAGGAGGACGUGAGGGCCUGUCUCUAUGAGAGUGUGAACAUGUGGAUGGAAGAGAUUGGGCCGACCAACAAGUUCCACGGCGGAGUUGAGCCGGACUUGGCUGACCUCGCUGUGUUUGGUGUGCUGCGAAGCAUGGAAGACAUGAGUGCCUUCCUAGACAUGCUGGAAUACACGCGAGUGGGCAAGUGGUACGGCAGAAUGAGCAGACUAUGUGCGAAGAACUCACAAGAGAAGAGACAACUCACAAGUCAGCCUUCAGUCGAGGCCGAGGAGGACACUAAAGCUGAACAGCAAUUAGAAUCAGAAGGUGGCAGAAGCAACAAAAAAGGAACAAGUCACCACAGCACUCGUAGUGGUUAGAAAACGAGCCAGCAUUUUCUGGGGUUGUAACGUCCACUUUCCAUGUUUUCUGGCGACAGAGUAGAAUAGUCGUUCUAUCGCAAGAGCUGAAAGUAAAUCAUUAUCAAUUGAUGAUAAUGCUUGAAGCAUUAAAAUUUUCAACAUGUCCUGUCAAAAUUAAAGGAGUGUUCAUUUUGUAAAUUUAAUUAAUUGUUUCUAUUUCUG